AUGCGCGAAACUCUAAGGUUUGCACACUAUUCAAUUGGCUUUUACAUUUUUUUGUCACUAAAAUUCUUCCAGGCCUCCGCAAAGAACCCGCGCAAAAUUGCGGUGGUCAAGAAGUCCCUCAAUGACAAACCUCCUUCCCAGAGUACUCCCACAAAAGAUGCACGCCCGUGGGACUACGACAUCUAUGACGUGAUGGCGGAGCCGGAGAUCCCGUCUUUCUCCUCUCCCACCGCAAACUUCGAACUUUGCGAUGCCGUCCAAAGCUCCAGCUCGCCUGCUUUGACGUCGACAGCAGCUGCCCAGAGCCUACUCGGCAGCGUUGUAUUCACGGCCGCAGAGAUCUCUGCUAUCAUCCAAGAUCUAGAAGAUAUCGAACUGCGCCAGGAAGGGGACGAGAGGCUGAGGAUGCAUAUCAGGAUGCUGAGGGAGCGUCUUGCGGAGUGA